AUGCGUAUCCUCGCGCUUCUCCCACUCGUCUUCGGACUCUUGUCCAGCCAUUUCGUCUCUGCUACAGACAAUGGCAAGUCUACCGAUGUGACCUGGGAUCAAUACAGUCUGUCUGUCAAGGGAGAAAGAGUAUUUGUCUUUUCUGGCGAAUUCCACUACCAGCGUCUUCCUGUGCCGGAGCUAUGGCUCGAUGUGUUUCAGAAGCUACGCUCCAAUGGGUUUAACGCGGUGUCAAUCUAUUUCUUCUGGUCUUACCACUCUGCUUCAAAGGAUACCUUUGACUUUGAAAAUGGCGCUCACGAUAUUCAGCGCGUCUUCGACUAUGCCAAACAGGCUGGUCUGUAUGUGAUUGCAAGAGCCGGUCCUUACGUUAAUGCUGAAACCUCGGCUGGCGGCUUUGCGCUGUGGGCUUCGAAUGGCCAGCUGGGGAACGCGCGCACCAGUGACGCGACUUACUAUAAUCUAUGGUAUCCCUGGAUUCUGGAGGUCGGCAAGAUCAUCGCAGCAAACCAGAUCACGAAUGGUGGUCCGGUCAUUCUCAAUCAGCAUGAGAAUGAGUUGCAAGAGACUACUUAUAGCGCUGACAAUACUCUUGUCAAGUACAUGGAGCAGAUUGCGGCGGCUUUUGACGAUGCUGGCAUUGUCGUCCCGAGCUCGCACAAUGAGAAGGGAAUGCGCUCUAUGAGUUGGUCUACUGACUACAAGGAUGUCGGUGGUGCUGUGAAUGUCUACGGUCUUGAUUCUUAUCCGGGUGGCUUGUCUUGCACCAACCCAAAUACCGGUUUCAAUCUCGUCCGUACUUAUGCUCAGUGGUUUUCCAACUACAGUUAUACCCAGCCUAGCUACCUCGCCGAAUUCGAGGGUGGUUGGUUCUCAGCCUGGGGCUCAAGCUCUUUCUAUGAUACGUGCUCUACGGAGCUUUCGCCUGAGUUUGCGGAUGUCUACUACAAGAACAACGUAGGUUCCAGAGUCACCUUACAGAACCUAUACAUGGUCUUUGGUGGUACCAACUGGGGUCAAAGCGCUGCUCCGGUGGUCUAUACUUCAUAUGACUACUCUGCUCCCUUGCGAGAGACUCGCGAGAUCCGUGACAAGCUCAAGCAGACUAAGCUGCUGGGCUUGUUCACACGUGUCUCUAAAGGUCUUCUCCAAACUCAGAUGGAAGGUAAUGGAACGGGAUAUACCAGCGAUGCUAGUAUCUAUACCUGGGCCUUGCGGAAUCCGGAGACUGAAGCUGGUUUCUAUGUUGUCGCACAUGCUACCAGUUCGUCCCGCGAUGUGACUACCUUUUCGUUGAAUGUCAACACCUCGGCCGGUGCUAUCACUAUUCCAGAUAUUGAAUUGGCUGGCCGCCAAAGCAAAAUCAUAGUCACUGACUACAAGAUUGGCAAGGCCUCGAGUCUUCUGUACUCGUCAGCUGAGGUUCUGACGUACGCCACUCUCGACGUGGAUGUUGUUGUCUUCUACCUGAACAUCGGACAAAAAGGAAUAUUCGUUUUCAACAAUACCCAAGCCCUCACUUUCCAGACGUACGGCAAUUCAAACGUGAGCUCUUCGGCCUCAGAUCAUGGUACCCAGUACUCCUAUGUCCAAGGAGAUGGCGCUACCGUGCUCAAGUUCUCAAAUGGCGUGGUAGUCUAUCUGCUCGACAAAGAGACUGCAUGGAACUUCUUCGCCGUUCCCACCACUUCCGAUCCAUUGGUUUCUCCCAGUGAGCAGAUCCUCGCUCUUGGGCCAUAUCUGGUUCGCACAGCCUCCGUCAGCGGAAAUACCGUCAGCCUUGUCGGUGACAAUGCAAACACAACAUCUAUCGAGGUGUACACCGGAAGUUCAAAGGUUACGAAGAUCAAGUGGAAUGGCAAGACAAUCUCAACCACAAAGACAAAGUACGGUAGUUUGAUCGGUUCGGUUGCAGGAGCCGAAAAUUCCAAAAUCUCAUUGCCAACCCUGGGUUCAUGGAAGGCUCAAGAUACGCUUCCCGAAAUCAAGGCGGAUUAUGAUGAUUCUCGCUGGACGGUAUGCAACAAGACCAGCUCAGUCAACUCUGUAGUCCCUCUCACGCUCCCUGUGCUUUACUCCGGGGACUAUGGAUAUCAUGCUGGAGCGAAGAUCUACCGUGGUCGAUUCGAUGGCACCACCGCAACCAGUGCCAAUAUUACCGUGCAGAACGGUGUUGCUGCUGGUUGGGCCGCCUGGCUGAACGGGGUCUACGUCGGCGGAGCUGUCGGUGAUCCUGCGCUAGCAGCGACAUCGGACGAGCUCGACUUCAGCAAUUCUACUCUUCGGGAGACUGACAAUGUCCUUACCAUAAUCACUGAUUAUACCGGACACGAUGAAGCCAAUGUGAAGCCCAAUGGCGCACAGAACCCCCGUGGCAUCCUCGGCGCAACCAUCGCUGGCUCCAACUUCACUUCGUGGCGCCUGCAAGGCAAUGCAGGAGGUGAAGCCAAUAUUGAUCCUGUUCGAGGACCCAUGAACGAAGGAGGUCUCUAUGGAGAGCGCAUGGGCUGGCAUCUUCCAGGAUAUAAGGCUUCCAAGACUGCAACAUCCUCCAGUCCCCUCGAUGGAGUGUCGGGAGCCGAAGGCCGAUUCUAUACCACGACGUUUAAGCUGAACCUAGACUCCGACCUGGAUGUUCCGAUUGGUCUACAGUUAGCGGCCUCCAACACACCUGCGGUGGUCCAGAUCUUCAUGAAUGGAUACCAGUUCGGUCAUUAUCUGCCGCACAUUGGCCCACAGACCAGGUUCCCUUUCCCGCCCGGAGUGAUUAACAAUCGUGGAACGAACACAUUGGCGAUCAGCCUGUGGGCGCUGACGGAUCAAGGCGCGAGCUUGAGUCAGGUGGAGCUGGUUGCAUACGGAGCUUAUCAGACGGGCUUCAACUUCAAUCAUGAUUGGUCGUACUUGCAGCCGCAGUGGAAGAGCAGAGCUGCAUAUGUGUAG